AGCCGCGGGAGCCAUGCAGCUGGCCUCAUGGCCUCAAGGCCUCGCGCACCAAACGCGGGCGCCAGCGCAGCCAUGGAGGCCCCGCAGACAUCUGCCGCGGCAGCCGCCCGCCUCAGCCUCGGCGGCCUCGGCGGCCUCGGCGGCGGUCAGCGCCCGCGUGGCGUUGCGCGGCCAGCGCCGCAGCAGAGAGACGGAGAGGGACGAAGCAGACGACGCGGAGGACACGGAAGCGGAGGAUGCCUGGGAGGGUUUCGGCACCCCGCGCGCUCUGGACAAGGAAGCGCUGCUUCAGGAGUUUGUGUCUCAUCAGCGGGUCUUGGUGGACACGGAGUUUGAGGAGCAGAAGCGCAUCAUAGAGACCCGGCUCAAGGAAUGGCCCUUGGAGCGCCUCGUGGAAGAAGGCCUGUCGCUGGGCCCGGCGAGGGCAGAGAAAGUGGGCAGCUUCUUUGGGGACGCGCUGGUGCGCUUUAAGGCUGAGCGGGAGCAGUUGCAGGAGGCCUCGCCGGGCGACAUUCUGCUGGUCAGCAAGGUAACCAGCAAUCCGCUGCUGCCUGACGCCUUGAAAGCCCAGGUUGUCAACGUGACCGGCGAGCACAUGGAUUGCGUCAUGGAGUACGCCCCUGCCAACAUGGAGCUUCGCUUGGACAAAGGUAUCAACAAGUUGGACCAUGAGAGGGCCCAAAGCGUGUUGAAGGAUCUGGGGGCUGGGGACCUCGCAACCCCCAUCUGCGAGCUUUGGAAGGUCUUUUUGAGUGCCAAGGCCUCGCACGCUCUUCCACAUGCCGGUUCCGGUGAGGUUGGGAAGGCGUCGAGCGGUUCCCCUGCAAGCCCAAAGGAUGAGCUGGAGAAACUCAACCAGCUCGAGGAGUGGAACCUGCGAUUGCCAGAAGACCUGCCUCUAGACGCCUCUCAGACGGAGGCCGUGCAGUUCCUGGAGGACCAACGGGUGGCCAUGGUGCAGGGCCCCCCAGGCUGUGGCAAGACUCGGACCGCCUGCGCGCUGCUAAAGGCUGCCAGCCAGCAGGGCAAGCGGUGCCUGGCUGUGGCGGACUCCAAUACCGCGGCGGACCAACUCCUCCGCGGACUUCUGGGCUGCGGGGUCGAGGCGCUGCGCCUGGGGUCUCCAGCCGCCGUCAGCGCGGAGCUGCGGGGCGCAACACUGCGGGCACAGCCAGGCUCCAAGAGGGAUGAGAAGUUGAAGAGCAAGCUGGUGAAGAAGAUCUCUGCCAUUGAGGAGAGGAUGGGCCAGCUGGAGGAGACGGUGAACCAAGACCGCCAGCGCCUGCGGCAAGGCUGCGAAACCUUCGACGGCCGCAUCUUCCAGGUGCCCAGCGAGGCCGAACACGCCGAGGGCCUUGCGUGGCUUGCGGGGAAGCUGCGCAGAGGCGAGGCGGUCGCCUGGGACAUGGAGUGGAUCCCCGACUCGAGGAGGAGCCAAAACCCAGUGGAGCUGCUGCAGUUUGCGGACGAUGACACGGCGCUACUGGUGAAGAUGGGGGGCAAGAGACAACUUCCGAAGGUCGUGAGAGAGCUUCUCACGUCGUCCGACUGCAUCAAGGUGACAGUGGGCCAAGACGAUAGAGACAAGGUCGAGCAGUCGUUCGAGCUGACGGCCGCGAAUGUGGUCGACCUGCAGAGCCUGGCGCAAGAGAAAGGCCUGGGCAGCAGCCUGGGCCUGCAGAAAAUGGCACAGCUCUUCGGGAUGAAGAUGUUUAAGGAUCACACCAUCACCAUGUCGAACUGGGCUGGGCAGCUAUCAAAGGAGCAGGUGCAGUAUGCAGCAGAGGAUGCCUACUUCACCUAUCAGAUCUACGACCAGCUCAGUCUGUUUGACGUGCACGGCUCCGAUGAAAUCGAAACGGACGAGGCGCAGGAUAUCUUCCGCCAGAUGAAGCGCCUGAGAAACCAACGCCUGCAGCUCAAGCGACAGUUGAACAAGGUCAACCAGCACAUCUGCCGGGAGAUUGUCAAAAAGGCAGAGGUAGUGGUGUCGACCCUUUGCACCGCCAACUCCUGGAUGUGGCGGCAGGAGCUCUUUGACGUUGUUCUUCUGGACGAGGCGGGGCAGGCCACGGUGCCCCACGGGCUCAUGGGCUUCCGGAAGCUGCAGGAGGGCGGGCGCCUGGUCCUGAUCGGCGACCCCAUGCAGCUGCCACCGGUGUGUGUGUCCCAGAUGGCGGCCCACCGGGGCUUGAGCACCUCCAUCUUCGAUUUCCUGCUUGACUGCGGCCUGAAGCCGAAGAUGCUCUCCAUCCAGUAUCGCAUGCAGCCCCUGAUCAGCCUUUGGCCAUCGGAGACCUUCUACAAAGGCCGGCUGCGGGACGGCAUCAUGGCCGACACCGCGCGUUUCCGCUCGCUGCCCUGGCUCCGGCAGCCCAUCGCCUUUGUGGACGUCGCCGGGCAGGAGGAGCUAGGGGGCACAUCCUACUUCAACCUGCGAGAGUGCAACGCUGUCCGGGAAACUGUGGCAAGGCUCCUGGAAGAGCUGGACCCAGAGGACAUCGGGGUCAUCUGCCCCUACCGGUCCCAGGUCCUGCGCUUGAAGCGUGACCUCUGCGUGGAGGUGCAGUCCGUGGAUGGCUUCCAGGGGCGAGAGAAGAAAGUGAUCAUCUUCUCCUGCGUGCGGGCACACAACGAGCCCCGAGGUGGCAUUGGCUUCCUGUCAGACUUCCGGCGCUUGAACGUGGCGAUCACGCGUGCGCAGCGCGCGCUCAUUGUCUUCGGCAACAGGAAGACUCUGCAGCGUCACUUCAUGUGGGCCAACUGGCUGCAUUUUGUGGGCCACCACGACUCGCGGUUUACUUGGCCACAUUUGCUGCCCCAAGCCAACCUGUCGGCCUACACCUUCAAGUUUCUCCAGCGAUCCUGGGAGAGACGGAGUCCUUCCCCGAUCGAACAGCGGCGCGAGUCGAGGAACAAGGCAAACGCCGCCCAGAAGCUGAGAAGAGCGCGGAUGAAUCGUCGGUGGAAGUGGGCUUUUGCAGCACCGGGCCGGCGGAUGCGCCUCGAAACCCGGAGGGAGCCCGCUCCGAGCCGGCCUUGGGAUUUGUAAAGGCGAGACCACUUGGAAGGUGCCGUCAGGGGUUCCUGACGACCUUGAAAUCAACGUGCAUGCCAGGCGCUGUGUCUUCUUCUGAGGGUGCCCCUCUUUUUGAGUGGU